AUGUCAGACGCAGCAGGGCAGAUUUUAGCGGCGUUUUCCUUCCUUGCACUUGCAGUCUUAGUGCCGCCUCUAUGCUACCACGUUCAACAACGUAAUAUUCCAGCUGCCAGUUUGAUAAUAUGGUUCUGUAUCCAAAAUCUCACCACUUUCAUCAACGCUGUAAUCUGGAGCGGCGAGAAUUACAACCGGGUUUAUGACGGCAAAAUAUACUGUGACAUCACCGUAAGAAUCUUGAGCGGAGCCACUGUUGGUCUGUUGUGCGCAACCGCUUGUAUAAUUUUCAACUUGUUCAUGAUAAUAGCUGCAAAAAACCAUGGCUAUCUUGCACGAGACUCCAAGACAAAACUUGCGGUCAACAUCUUGAUGUGCUGGGCCAACCCGCUUUUGGUCAUGGGGUUGACAGUUCUAGCACAGAAUCACAGAUAUGAUAUUGCCCGCUACUAUGGAUGUUCGGCACCGUGGAAUUACACCUUGGGAUCGGUAAUGUUGGUUUCCAUCUGGAAUGUCAUUUGGAUUGCCGUUGCUUGUGUCUUUGCAGUUUUGACCAUUGUGGAACUCGCUCGCAAGCGAAAAGAUAUUCUGGACAUUUUGCGGUGCACAAAUUCGGGGCUCAACAUGCGGAAGUUCUCGCGAUUGAUAGUCUUGAGUUUCUUGAUUGUUCUCGUGUUCUCUCCGGUCACUCUCAUCAGUUUUGCUGCGGACGUAAAGGCCGCUUCUUCUGUGACAAGCGAAAUGGCGAUGGCAUAUGCAAGCAUCAAAUGGUCCGACGUUUACGCCUACGACAUCGGCAUGAAUAACCUCAGUUCAAAGGUCGUACCAAUAGUCUUUUCCUUCAUCACCUUCUUCCUUUUCGGCCUCGGAACUGAGGCGCUCAAGAUGUACAGAGGCUUCUUAGUAUCCAUUGGUUUCACGAGGUUUAAGAAAGAAGAACCCCGGGAUUUCUAUGUGGCGAAAGACUUCGACGAGAGUCGCCAAACCUCGAAGCAAACGCAGUCAACAGAGGAAACAGUUGGGCUCAGUCAGAUCGAGUAUGAGCACUUCCAGACGCUAGUUCUUGAAAAAGAACCCUUUUCCUUGCUGCCCGACUCGAACGACACAGCUUCUUUUUAG